ACAAAAUGGCGGACUGUUAGCGGUCGGUAAAAGAACAAGGGAAAAUGCUACGUUUUCCUUUUUAGAUCUUAUCAAGACAAGGUUUAUUGCAUCUUAAUAGCUAUCAUAUGAAGCAUCGAUGAAAUCUGACGGCGUAUUUCUUUGUUCCUCAGUUGAUUGUUGGGAAUUUAGAUUGAUUUUGGCUCGUUCAUGAAAAUUCAAGUCGAACCGCCGUUCAAGGCCCCGCAUGUGUUAUUGUAUUAAUAGUACGUUUAGAUAAUCGUGAUUUCGCUGUCUUAAGAGGUAUUCAACGGUCUCAACUUGAUUCCCAGCUGUACAUUGUGUAGUUAUGGCGAGCGCUCUUGUAGAAAGUGACUAUGAAGAUGAUGAAAUAUCUGCCACUACUGAAGCUAAAUCGUCUAGCGGUAGUUUGGAAGAAAGUGACGACGAUAGUUUAGCUGGUUUCGAAGAUGAUUUAGAUGUAGAAGAGGAAGACGCAGAGUUUGACGCCUCUAAAGAAGCUGGAAAAAGUAAUGGGAAAGUUUCAGCGAAGAGGAAAAGAAAACAACCCGAUCCUACGAAACGAAAACAAAUUCGAAGGAUUCUUCGAGACGAUGAGCUGACAGAAGUAACAAUUUCUGCGCAAAAGGAGGAGAGAGAACGUUUAAGGCGUCUCGAACUUCAGCGAAGCUUAGCAGCUGCUGCUGCAAGCUCAAGUGUACCACAGAGUGUUUCGAAAGUUGUUGAGAAUUCCAUUCCUUUAAGUGGUAGCUCAAAGCCCUCAUCACCAUUGUCUGUUGAUACCAGAGAGAAAAAACAGGACCAGCAAGUUAUUGUUAUUGAUAGUGAUGAUGAAGGGGACACAUCAUCUUCAUUUACUAGUAGUGUAAAUUGUUGUCAUCCACAGGCAGUGAACGGUGAUUUCAUUGAAAUCAUCAGUUCUGAUUCUGAGGUAGAAAUCGAUGAAAGUGAUGAUGACAGUGAUGAUUCUGGCUCUCAUUCUAGACAUGAUCUUGAUUAUGAAAAUAGUGGAUUGCAUGUUGAUGACAGUUUAAAUCAAGCUGAUCCACAAGGACGUGUUCUUGUUAAUGUCAAUCACCCAGCUGAUGAAGAAGAUAUUUUUCUGGCGCCACAAGUGGCAAAAGUCAUCAAGCCUCAUCAGGUAUGAUCCAACUUAGUCUGAACUCAAUGUGUAAAUAACAAUACCACUUCUGAUAAUGUCCAUUAAAUUUGCUUAGGUUUAAAAAAAGAAAUAUUUACAUGGCUAAAAAUGCAGAAUAAAUUAUUUUAUUGUUCAUCAGGCAGUGCUGUCAACUCUUCCGGAUUAUCCGGGAGACUCAAAUUUUGGACAGCAUCUCCUGGUCUCCAGAUUAGAGUGUGAAAUCUCCCAGAUAAUUGCCAAAGUUUACCAUUUCUUCAUUGGACUUGACUUUCCGACAAUAAAAUUUCAACUAUUUUGUGUCAUUUGAGCUAUUUUAAUAUUAAAUGGAAUGUUUCUUCGUAAAAUCCGGUAUGCCAUUAUAAUAUAAUAAUGUGAUUGGUGGGAAAUAAACCAGUCAGGUCAAAUGUUACAACGCCAACGUCAUCAUUUUCACAUGCUUUGUGUCAUCACGAAUGUGUGACAAUUAAUCUUGUACUCAGAUCUCUUGUUUUGCCCAACUGACGUCAUGCACUGUGAGUUUUGACAUCAUCUAUCAUUUCUUCCCUAUCAAUUCUCAACAUUUGAAGACGGGGGGUUGUAGGGGGUAGGGGGGUGGGAUGGGGUGGUGAUCGACAGCCCUGAUAUGGGUAAGAAAACACUGUCUGCUUAUUGCAUAUUUAUAUCCUUAGGUAAUUCCCGAUGGGAAAAGUUUUGCAACAUAACAUAAUUUUUUACCAGCAAUUUUACUCCUUUGUCGCUAAUAUUUGUUGUUGUUGUUGUCAUUGACUGUUUUGUUUUACAGGUUGGAGGAAUACGCUUUCUUUAUGACAACCUCGUUGAAACAUUAAGCCGCCAUAAACAAACUUCAGGAUUUGGCUGUAUCUUGGCACAUGCAAUGGGUCUCGGAAAAACUCUUCAGGUGUCAAGUUUUAUUGACAUUUACCUGAGGCACACAAGUGCAAAAAAAGUUCUGUGUAUUGUGCCGAUUAACACAAUACAAAACUGGCUGGCUGAGUUCAACAUGUGGCUACCAUCAAAGCCAGGACUUAUUGCAGAUAGCAAUGGGACUCUAGUUGAGGCAUCCGAUUCAGACAAAGUCCGUUAUAGGAAUUUUGAAGUGUAUCUCUUGGGUGACAGUCAAAAGACUACAAUGGCUCGAGCUAAAGUUAUAGGUAAGGAUAAUUAAACGGCUGACUGGAAUAAUGCUUAACCCUUUAAGCCCCAGUAUCCACAUACAAAUUCUCCAAACUGAUCUCCAUACAUUUCCUUUAAGAAUUAGUUGAGGGAAUUUAUUAAAACAUCAAGGCGUUUUCUCAUUCAUGAUCUUUUUUUAUAUUCUCACAACCUGAUCUCUUGACAAUGUAUGGACAUUGUUAGGAGAAAAUUGCUGUUGGUCACUAUUGGGAAUUUAAAGGGUUAAACAAGGCUGUGCUCUAAGGAAAAUAAUAUUGUAGGGAGCCCUGUGCUCUGAACCUGUGAAAUUUAGGGUGCCCAGCAAAUGAUUGUAUGGAAAAAUGUGUAUGCCAUUUCAUCGUUUCUCAGAUGAUGUUUUACUGCCAGCAUCUGCUUGCAGCAUUAUGCUUACAAUAGGCCCUUUGCAGCUAGCCAUUCACAUGGUACAAAAGUGCCGUGCUGGAGAGCAAAAGUCGCACUGGGAAAAGACAAACAAAGAAAAUUACCAUUUCAAAUAUAUGUAUGUCUUUUGUUUGUCUUGUGCAAGUACGACUUUUGCUCUCCGGCGUGGCAGUUUUGUACCAUGUGAAUGACUAGCUGCAAAGGGCCUAUUUGUAAUCUCUAGUUUACCAUUUAUUUAGUUUAUUUCAAUCUAUCUUCAGGUGAGUGGAACCAGCACGGGGGUGUUCUUUUGAUGGGUUAUGAGCUGUUCCGCCUUCUCUCCACUGUGGUACCUUCUCUUUCAAGCAGUAAGAGUAUGGCCACAAAAAAGAAGAAAGCACCGACUCCAACGGAAAAGAUGAAUGGUGAACCUGAAGUGAUUGACUUGGAUGAGGAAGAAAAACACAUGGAGCUACUGAUUGGUUAGUUUCUUCUUUCCUGCAUUUACUGAAAAGAGUGCCACCCUGAAAUUAGUACUGCACUUAAGGAGAAAAAUGUUUUUUUAGCACUUCCCUGAGUAAGUGCUACAUCUUUCCGAGAUACAAUAUGUGGCACUUACUUAAUUUUGACAUGGGUCAUGCAGAAAUGUUUAUACAUCUAAUGUUAUUUUUGGUGGAUAAUGGCAUUUAAAGCUCUUUUUUAAGAUGUUAUUCAUGUGCUGUAAUCAUCAUUUUUGGAGUAAAAACAAUAUUUUUGCAACUUGAUGGGGAUUUGAUCCUCAUAUUGUUUUUGUGACCAAGAAACUUUGCUGCACAUUAUCUGUUUCUGAACUUCUCCAUAUAUAAUGGUCACUUUGGAAACAGAAGACAGUGGCUGCUGUAGAGAGGUGGCUGUUGUAGACAGGUUUAAACAGGAGUUAAUGUAUGGACUGUCUGCCAAAAAAGGUGGCUGUUCGUGGAGGUGCGACUGCACUCAGUUUUCAAGUGUCCUCUAUUGCAAAACAGAGAACCCUUUAGAACCAAAACCUUCUUUAAAUAUAGGUGUUUAGCUGCUGUAACACCUCAUGAAAAUAGAAAUUCAGAAGAAUCGAGAAUUCCUUCAUUUGAAUUUUGGUGACGUCAUUUGAAAACUAAGAAUUGGGGUAUCAGGGUAUAAAGGAAGUCGGUUUGCCAUUUGGGCAAUACAUAGUAUAUAGUAUGUACUAGCCCAAAAAAGUUUUGAUGAGCAUUGAUUACUGUUCUUCUGUAAUUUGAUUUCCCCCAAAAACUUGGUGGGCAAGUGAAGAACAGAAUCCACUAGCCCGAUAGUGAAAUCCUUAGGCUAUAGGACAUCACUUUGCACACUGGGUAUUUUGAUCCUCUCCUUAUAGUCUUGCAUCUUACUAAAAGUUUCUUGAUCAAGAAUAAUGAAGCAUCAUUAAGACAACCUUUUUGCGAACAGAAGGCAAUGACUAAUCAUGUGUACUCAUCCUAAUAUUUUUUCAGGAGUACAGAAAGCUCUUUGUAGGCCCGGUGCCGAUCUGGUGAUUUGUGAUGAGGGACACAGAAUCAAAAAUGAUCAGGCAAAUAUUUCACAAGCCUUGAAAAAAAUCCACACCAGGUAUGUUAACUCAGUGAUUUUGUUACAAAUAGUUAUGGUGAGUCCUGGAACUCAUCAUGCAAAAAAUCUUGAGUGCUAGUCCAGAACCAUUGGGUCCCAGUUCAAAAAACAGUGAGUCCUAACUGAAUUUUUUUGGGCUUUUAUGUAACCAUGCAGACAAUUAUUUAUCUAAAGACAGACUCCAAAACUCUGUAUUACAGUUUACUGGAAUAAAAAGCUCCUUCCGUCAUAAAGCACAACAAAGACAAAAAGAAAUAUACCUCAUUAAACAACAGCCACAAGAACAACCACAGAAAUCAUAUGAACAGGAUAUUCUACAUCAACUUUUGCGUCCUCUACAUUGACCUUUACGUCCCAUGGGACACAUACCAUGAAUUAUUUUGUUUCUUUUGCACUUUUUAUGUGUCAGGGACGCAGGAUGCAGAGGUAACAAAAUCACUGUUAAGUACAGUCUGUUGUUCCUCCAUGUGUAAUACAUUUUUGGUAACCUAUGCAUUACCAUUUUUCAAAAAAAGUGACACCUACUCCAGGGCUUGGCCGGGCCAUUUCUUGCUCAUCUUAGUUAACCCUUUCACCGCCAGAAAGAAUCAGAAGUCUAACUUUAGAGUCUGUGGACGAAAUCUUAUGGUGUGACCAUUCAAAUGAAACCUUUUAGGCAGUACUUUUACACGGUGCUAUAGGUUUUUCAGCAUUUUAUAAAGUGAAUUUGAAAAUUUUGACAAAAUUUGACUUAAGUCACUCCUGGGAGUGAAAGGGUUUAUAUUUUUGUGAGAGCAUUACUUGCCUGGACUCUUGACUAUUGGGUUAGUGAUCUUUAAAAGUAACUCACCCAGGAAGAAAAUCUACUUGUCCCAGGCUACUGGAUGGUACUCAUUUCCGGCCCUGCAACCCCGAAAAUGAAAGUUAAUUUAGCGUAAGGACUUCUAAUGAGUGAUCACAUCUCUAAACAAACAAAAUACAUACAGUGAUCACAAUUAAUUGAAUGAAAAAGUGCUGGAGACAAGGUUUUUCCUACUCUUUAGGACUUAAAAAAUUGCAUGUUUGAGUUUUUUAUUCAAGAUACUUAUUACUGGUAUAUUAUUGUUGCAUAGUGAUACAGUCUUUUACCCUUGGAAAUUGUGCUGAAAAAGCUGUUUGAAGCUGUUUGAAGUUGAGCCUUUUUCUGCUGAUUAUCUUGAGAAAAAAGACAAUAGUACCUAAACCCUCAUUAGAGUUAUUAUUAAUGACAGCACAUGAAGUACAAGGGAACUUCGGUUCCACUUGAGUGGUUGAGGUUUGAAUGAGUUGAAUGCAAAGUUAAGCUUUUACUCAGAUGUACGUGGUUAAGAAAUAUUUUUGACCAAAACUUUUUCUUCAAAAUUUCAAGAUACAUUGUAGGUGGGGAGUUGCUAUAACUGUCUGUGUUAAUGUGAAGAACAACAAGGAAAAUGUGAAUGUUAAUAGUGGGACUAAGCUUAUUAUGUUUUUAGGCGUCGUGUCGUCUUAACUGGUUACCCACUACAGAACAACCUCCAGGAAUACUGGUGCAUGGUGGAUUUUGUGCGACCCAAUUUUCUUGGCAACAAACAGGAGUUCUGCAACAUGUUUGAAAGGCCAAUACUAAAUGGACAAUGCACUGAUAGUACUCCAUCAGUAAGUUAUAUAGGAUCAUUACAUGUUUCUGGGAAACUACCCACCUACCCCUCCCCUUAGCCAACAUUUUGCCCUAAGUGAAAAGUAAGUGUUGAUGUUGGUGUAGGGGAGGGGUAGGUGGGCAGCUUCCCAGAAACGUAGGUUCCCUGGUCCUUUUCAAAGUCAGACGCUUAGUGCCCUCUCCAAAGAUGAGAACUGGCCAGUCCGACCGAUCAUUUAAGAAAUGAAAUAUUAGUCUUUUCUUGAAAUUUUUCCUCAAACCUGUAGACCAUUUACAAGUAGACUAAUCUGGCUGGACAGUCCUGAUUAAUAGAGGAAUUCUCCUUAUGAUGGCACUGGUCUGUACAGCCAGUUCUAACAAAACAAUGAGUGCCCUUACAUGUAGUUUCAACAUUCAACUGAACACAUGUCAUGAGCAGAACUGUUUUUUAAAGAAGUAGGUAGCUUAGGUUUCUUAUCUUUGCUAGAGAUCAUACCAUUACUGUAUAGUUUGAAAGAUCUCUUCACUGUGCGCAAGAUCAAUGACAAAGUUGUCCUUGACUGUUAAAACUGAUGACUUUACAAGUGGUAGAACAAACGUGGAUCUUCACAGGCGGUCAUGGGUGGUCAGGGGCAAAUGCAUUAACUGUUUAACUCCCAAUAGCGACCAACAUCAAAGUUCUCCUAACAAUAAUCCAAGCAAUGUCAAAGGAAAAGAUUAUAGCUCCAAAGAGAAAGUGCUUUGAUCUUUUAUCAAAUUCUCUUAACUAGUUUUUUAAAGAAAUCAAUGAAUAUCAAUCAGUUUGGAGAAUUGGUGUGUGGAUAUUGGGGCCUCAAAGGUUGACCUUGCAACUCUUUGCAUUUGUUUUCUUCAUUAAUUUGCCUUUUUAUAGGAUGUAAAGGUAAUGCGAUACAGAGCCCAUGUUCUCCACAGCUUGCUUGAAGGAUUUGUCCAAAGGUUAGUCUUGUAAUAGAGCUAAAUCUUGACCUGCAAGCAGGCUCACUUGGGCAUUUUUUGGGGAAAAUGUUGGCAGCAGAGUCAUCAGUGCGAGCAAAGCCAGGGAGAAGAACCCUAUUUUUCGUGUGCUACGUCAUAAUUUUCCCCGAAACUACCCAAGUAAACCUGCUUAAAGACUAGUUAGAUGUUAGCAUUUCAGUCAAGUUAAGCAUGCCAGCCACAUUUUUCAGCAUGCUCGUUAAACACUGCUCUGUGAAGUUGGCUUAAGUAAAGGCUGAAUCCUACGUGUUCACUGAAAUCACUAAGACCUCUGAAAGAAGUUCAGUAUUACACCAUUACAUGAAAACAACUCUCCAGUUUAAUUUUAAUCGAUUGAUGGCUUCUGUAAUUCCCAGAUAGUCAAGUGAUAAACCAUUAUACAUAAACUUAUGCAUUUUUUCUUGUGUAGGAGGAGUCAAGCUGUUCUGACAAAAUGUCUCCCAAAGAAAGAAGAACAUAUCAUUCUGGUGAAUAUGUCGCCAAUCCAAAAAGAGCUGUAUAAUGGCUUUGUUGAAGGUCUGUUAGGUUCAGUGGGACAUGUCAAUCCAAUCAAGGGUUUCCACACUUGCACAAAGGUAUCUAAAUUUUUAGCACAGUCAAACCUUCAAUUUAUUUAUUUUUUAUUUCAUUUUUAUUUUACCAGCUUUUUUGGACACAGGUCUGCCCAGAGGGAAUAGGCACGAACGGGACACAUAGGUCCCAAGCUUAAAGGUGCCAUCCCUGCCCAACCCCACAACCCGUGAAGGUUGGCCACACCACCGGGGUCUACGUCCCCCUCUCUUUUCGAUCAGUGAAAGUGCUGUGAGACGGGACCUUGACAGAAGCAAAUUUCCCACGCGGCACGACCAAUCAGAAGUACUACCCAGAUCUGGGUAGUGACACGUCAUCAGUAUGGAAUUUCUGCACUCAUUUCUCAGACGCCGUUUCGCGCGGAAGCCAGUGGUGACCUCGCGAAACGUCGGCUAUUUUCUCAAGCUACAGAAAUUCAGAGCUGAAAUUUAUUAAACGAGAGUUUUUAUUCCUAUCCAGUUCAUACCUUAUGCCGAAUGCUUAAACAAGGCACCUUUUUUUCAUUAAUUGAUGCCGUUUAGUUUAGAAAACUUGUUAACUGUAUUAUAAAAAGUUGCCGGACUAAAUUAUUUUUUGGUUCGCAUUGCCUUGUAGAUUUGGAAUCACCCAGACAUUUUUUACUCAUCAUUGGAUAUGAAAAAUAACUACAGCAGGAAUGAGUCGCCUUUGGUACGUAAAUAUAUUAUGUACAGUUAAAUGAGUGAAAUUUUGAAGCUUCAUUUCAAACCAGUAGAUGAAAACGUAUUUUUAUUAGUGCUGCUAUAGUUUGUUUCGGAGCGCUUUUUCUGUCCCGGUUAUAAGCCCAGUCGGAUAUAAGCCCUUCCGUUUAUAAGUGCUCCUAAAACCGCUUACGACGAUGUUUAAGCCGUGGGCUUAUGAGCGGCUGUUUACGGUACUUUAGAUAUCAGGAAAUAGGGACCUUAAAAUUUGAGGACAGCGCAGCGGCGAAAACGUCGCAUAAAAAGUGAAUUUGCGUUCUUUGAAACUUCAGCGCGAUUAUCCCAACGUGCUCACUUUGACUAAAGUACGCGAACUCUCCUGGAGUUGAAGUCUUAAGAAAAAUAUCCAAGUUUAAAAAGAGAAAGUGAAAUUCGUCUGUUUUAUGUUUACGUUGGCGAUAAAACGCGACCUUAAGAUCCGAGGACGACGACAGCGGCGAAAACGUUGCAUAAAAAGUGAAUUCGCGUUUCGCAAUCUUCACCGCGAAUAUAAGAACUCACUUACUUUGUCAAAUGUAGGCGAACUCUCCUAGUGUUGAAUUCCCAAGAACCAUAUCCAAUUUCAGAAAGCGAAAUAAAAUUUUGUUGUAACUUCUUUAUGUCCUCUAUAAAACGAGUAAUUAGGCAUUUGCACGUCGUAGUCGUGCAGUGACGACAAAGAAAUCAACAAAAAUGCGUGCUGCACGUGCAAAGUUGUUUUGCUCAUUAAACCUAUUGCUUUUUUGACGUUCUCGCUGAUGUUGUCUUGGCUGAUCUUUAAGUCUCUAAAAAUCUUUUUUUUUUUGCUUUCAGACCAUUCUCGAUGAUACUAGUGGGAAUGACAGUGUUCAAAAUUCCCGCUCGGAUGACAGAGGCGCGUCUCCAUUAAACCUGCCGCAAACCGUAAGCUCUGCAGCUAACCAGGAGAUAAACACGAAUGCAAUGACAACGAGUGCGAUGUCACAGAACCUGGCUUCAACAUCUGCCCAGUCAGUAUUAAGGACGACUGUACAGUUAAGGCAGAUGGUGUCAAGUCAACUGUCUGGAAACACUGUAGCAGUAUCACAAAUGAGUACCACACAGUAUUCUACAUGUGUACCCGUCAUUCAGUCACUUGGCGACCGUGUCUCUCCUGUUGUGGAAGAUAUGACAUGGGUGAGUUUUUUUUAUGUUUUUUUUUUUCAUAGUGGAAAAACAUGAUCUUAAGCAACAAAAACGCCCAAUUUGUUUUGCAAGAUUGUUGCUAAACCAGUUGAAUAGCUAUGUUUUGCGUUUUACCAGCCGCGUUUAAACCUGUCUUGCAACAAAUCAGGUUGUUGUGUUGCAGAAAGUAGAGAGUUCUUCUAUUUUAAGCAAUAAAUUUGUACAUCACCGCUAGACUUAUCAUAACUUAGAAAUUGCAUGCAAUAAAUUUUCUCCCGAAAAGUAGACUCUACGUGGAAAAUACCCCUUGUGGUUCGGCUGUCGUGAGUGAGCUCUAAAUCUUCACAUUUCAGGUUAUCGUUCGCUUUCUUUUAGGCUGCCCUAUAAUGCUAUUUCAAUAUUUUUCCUUUUUAGGCCAAGAAUUUGUUUAAAGAUUACCAGCCUGGAAUGGUGGAGAAUGGAGGCAAGCUUGUGGUGUUAAUGGACAUUAUAGAAGAGAGCUUAAAACUUGGCGAAAAACUCCUGAUAUUCAGGUGAGUAUUGCGGUCAACUUUGGAAGUAACUUGGUAAUAAAGAGCUUUAGAUUGCAGGACGAGGAAGACUACGAGUACGAGAUUUGACUUAAAGGUUUUUUCGCGUAUUCUCCAAAUAUAGACUCUUCGGAAAGAUUCAUUUUACCAUUUUUCACUAGAAAAGUUAAAACACUGUUACCUUUAGUGAAGGAGUUUACACCCUCUCCUGAUCGCAAAAUGAUAAAACUUCUAACAUUUGAAAACUUGUUUCCACCACUUCGACAUUCUCGCUAAAACUCGUAGUAGAAUGACGACGGCUACCACGUUUUCCCGCCAAAAUGACGCUGGUUCACGCGUGAGCUCUACUUAGUAUUGAGAAAAUCUCGUACUCGUAGUUGUACUCGUUUGAAGGUGAUAUUACACGGGACGAUUCGCAACGACGAUUUUCACGGCAGCAAAACGUUGCAGUGCUGGAACAAUGUUGUAACCAUUCGAAACAAUGUCGCAACAAUGUUGCAACGCUGUGUUGCGCUAAAAAUCGACGUUGCGAAUCGUCUCGCGUAACAUCACCUUAAGAAUGAUGUAAAGCUCUCUAUUCUGAGACGAGGACGACUACGAGUACAAGAUGUACUCAAUACUGAGUAUUACUCACGCGUGAACCAACAUCAUUUUGGCGGGAAAACGUGGUAGCCGUUGUCAUUCUACUACGAGUUUUAGCGAGAAUGUCUUAGUGCCGGGAAGUUAUUAAAGUUAUCGUUCUGCUAUCGGGAUAGGGCGUAACCUCCUUCAGUAUAAACAAUCGUACUAACUUUUUUGGUGAAAAAAAUUAAAAUGAAGCUUUCCGGGGUGUCCUUUUCUUCAGAGAACACGCGCAAAAACUUUAAGUUUAAUCUUUCUCGUCUUGAAAUCUAAAGUUCUCUAAUGAAACUAUAGUACACCCACUCAACAAGUUAAUAGAGACCUGUAGAUUCUAAGAGGAGGACGAUGGACCACAAGAACGAGAUUUUCUCAGCACUAAGUAUAUAUGCUAACGCGUGAACCAGAGACGUUUUGGUGGGAAAACGUGAUAACCGUUGUUGUUCUACUACGGAUUUUACCGAACAUGUCGUUGCGACGGAAACAAGUUACCAAAUGCAAUAAUUUUUAUCACAUGAUUUUGCGACCAGGAAAGGGCUUAACUUCCUGAUUCAGAGCCGCAGCCAGUAUAGCGGGAGUCCGUGGGUUCGAAUUUCGUUGGGGUUUAUAUUUGUCCUACUCUCAGUGGAUGUUUCUUAUUGAAGUAUGCGAUAGAUUAUUCACAAUCCUAUUUUUCGCGUUUUUUAGUCAAAGUCUUUCGACGCUGAGUGUUAUCGAAGAAUUCCUUUCCAAGCGUGAUGUUCCAUUUUUCCCUGGGCGAGCCACUGAUCCACAGAAGCCUUCCAGAUGGGCUCGGAACAAGAGCUACUUUCGUGAGUUUAUAACCUCAUGGCCUGAGAAAAACAUUUCUCGACCUCACCACUGGUUUUCCCGCGAAAUGACGUCUGAGAAACGACCGCGGAAAUUCCAUACUGAUGACGCAUUACAACCCAGAUCUGGGUAGUGCUUCUGAUUGGCUAAAAAUUUGCUUCAGCAAACCGUUUUUCAGACGUUUCGCGGGGAAACCAGUAGAGGCGUCGCGAAAUGUCGGCUGUUAUCUCAGGAUAAUAACCUCAUUGCUUUUCUCUUUGUUUAUGAUUAUCCUUUGUUAGUUAAUUCUUUGUUGCCCUGUAAUUUUUUUUCGUUCGUUCGUUCGUUCGACCUGCACUCUGGAACUGUUUUUGUAGGACCAUCUUUGACCAGGUUUCCCGCGCAACUGCGUAAUAGCCAUUUUACGAAAGUGCCCCUCAAAGCUGUCCCAUAGUGCAUUUCGAUACAAGACCGACCCAAACUCACCACACAAGCUCAAAACGUCCAACAGGCCAUCUCCGAGUUGCCACAAGCGAGGCUUAGUGCGAAGCCAUUGACAUGAAAAUGAUUUUUAUUCUCAUGCGAAUAAAACUCGCUGUCAUUAGAAAGGUUUUGCUCUUGGCCUCGUUUUGAAAGCGAGGGUUUUUGGAACCCGGAAAUGGCCUAUAAACUUUUGUAGUUUGAAGAACGUUUUCAAAUAUGAAAAUGGCCAUUUAUUUCGUCGACAUGUCAAAAUGGGAAGCCUAAACCUGUUUGAAAAAUACGUCUUUACGUACAAUUUUAUAAAAACCUAUAUAAGUGGAUGUAUCUUUGUAUUUUUUCCUUAGGGCUCGAUGGCAAUACCUCAGCCCAGGAACGAGAAAGACUUAUCAAUCGUUUCAACGCUCAGGACAACGUCGAAGUACUUCUGUUUAUGCUGUCAACAAGGUGUGCACUAUUACUGUGAUUGCAACACCUGGGCCUCCGGGUUUGACGUUUUGGCGAUGGAUUAUUGUCCCAGAACCGUAAAAUACAUCAUUAUUGCUAAUUUAUUUAAGUACACUUUAACCUUUUUGUAACCUAAGUAUCAACAGAGCCGAUACUCUCCACAUUGUUUUCUAUAUAUUUUCUGUGGCAAUGAUAAAGUGAAUUUGUUUAACCAUCAAGUACCGUUUUCUCUUGUCGCUCAGUUUCGUUUUUCAUUGUUUUGAUUGAGCAGUGAUACUUAAAGGAGAAAUUAUAUGUUGGUCUUUCUUUGGGGUUUGAGGUUUUAAAGAGUCCCCAUACCUUUGUGCGUUCUUCCAAUGAUCCUUAGGUUUUUCAUUAGUUUUUCUCGAUAAGAAUUAGAGCUGUUGUCUUAAUGGAUUUAAAUACACUAGUUAAAUAUUAAUUCCCUAGCAUUUUCUUUUUGAGUUAUUAAUGAGUCGGACCAUUUUACGUUUCUUGGAAACUGCCCACCUACCCCUCCCCUAAGCCAACAUCAACACUUACUUCUCACUUAGGGCAAAAUGUUGGCUUAGGGGAGGGGUAGGUGGGCAGUUUCCCCGGAAACUUAAAAUGAUCCAAUGGGUCUUUCAAACCUUAUUCUAGAGCUGGUUGCUUGGGUAUCAAUCUUGUUGGUGCAAGUCGCGUUGUUGUGUUUGAUGCAUCAUGGAAUCCUUGCCACGAUGUUCAAGCUGUUUGCAGGUAACCUUUUGAUACUUAACCAUAUUUCUUUGAAUAACAGCCAGGGACGAUUUUUUUUUUCGCACAAAAACCGGGCGAUUAUUUCAGAAGGAGACGUAAAAAUAGUGUUCACAAUUAGUAAUUUCGUGCUAAAUACAUUGACACUCAAAUACAGUGCAUUGGUUUGCUUAUGUAUGUACGUUUAGUGGUACAAAUUUGUCUUGUGCUUGUAAGAGAACCCAGUUUCUCUGGGAGCCAUUUGACUAUAGUCGUUAUCACUUAUCGUAUGUUGUGUCGUGUUUUUUUUAAUUAGUUUAUAAUUUUUCUUUCCGGCAGAGUUUAUCGUUAUGGCCAGUUAAAACCAGUUCAUAUUUACCGACUGAUAAGCACAGGAACUAUGGAAAAGAAAAUUUAUGAUCGACAGGUCACCAAACAAGGCAUGGCAAGUAAGGGAUGACGUUAUGUUAAUGAAACCUGUCGUCUCUGUAGCUACUAAGAAGACAUGGUGGCUCAUUCACCACUUCAGAAGGAGACUGGACCCAGUUAAUUUUCGCCAAGGCUUGUGGGACCUUUUUUAGGGUCAGGGAAAAAAAAUUGGCCAAUAGCUGACCGGGGCGUCCGCAGUAACCAUCCCAGAAGCAAUUGCGGGACACAUAUUUCGGCCCCAGCUCCCUUCUCGUUUUUCUAAUGUGGGAAAUGCGGUUUCAGUGUUCUCCUUAUCAGGCGGCAUCCGGUAAAAUAGUCCAUUUUCGAGUUCGCUAUGACCGCUGAAUUAAAGAAGUGAAGACGCAUUUUUUUUACAGCCUUAGCCUCCAUCUGAAGUAAUAUAUUCACAAAUUUCAACGAGAAAAAGACCUGUUUAUUACUCUGUCUAUUGUGUAUAUUCAAAUUUCAAACACUUACUUGCCAGAAUUUCUGAAUAUUUUACUUUACGUCGAGGCCAACCCUGUAUGAAUGUGUCGUUAAUGUUUGUAUUCAGCGGUAAUUUUUAAUUCGAAACUGGACUAUUUACUGCCAGAAGUAACACUUCUUACCGCCUGCAACGGCCUGAAUUUUUACUAAAAUUAAAGAAAUACUUUUAAAAAAUGCACAAGUUGUGAUCCGAUCCGAUUUUCACAUGCCACAAGGAAAUGAAUGAAUAUAUGGAAAAGUGCUGAAGUAUACACAGCUUUUCUUUUUAUGGGCCACGCAUUUUGGAAAGAGAACAUCCAAGACCAAGUAAAAUGAUUGGAAUCAGUGGUUUAAAAUUGUUGUGUAAAGGUAACAACGACCGAUUUGCGUAAAAGAGGUCUUAAAAUGAGGGAAUGACGUUUCAGAGAACUUAGCUCCCAAAUUUCCCAGCAAGGGAGGGGUGAUGUCCCGCACUCCACUACCCCCCUGCCCCCGGAAAAGUGCACCUGUCUUUUGCCUUGCCGGCUAUGAAUGAUCCCUUAACUGCUGAGCUAAGAUUUAGGGAGAAUACUGGGUUUUCAGUUGAGUGUGGAACACUACAGUAAAUUAUUUUUAGCGAUUUUUCGAGUUCGAGUUUGAAUUUAAGUUCAAGUCUGAGUUUGAGUCCGUGUGCUAUUAUGAGUUCGACUUCGAUUUCCAGUUCAAGUUGAAGUUUGGGUUUGAGGAUGAUUUUGUCUUCUUUAGUACUAUGGCGUCGAAAACAACAAAAUUUAGACACUUAUUGUGCCCUACUUAUAACAGCCUUUGUGGGCUCGGAGAGAAGGCCCCCGCAAUUUAGGGUCCAGAGCUUCAAAAUGCUUUUAUUUGUGGGGUAACCUGAGAUCAGGCUCUAUUUUCGUUUCGCUUUGAAAAUUACAUUCCGGCGGGCAUGGCGAAACGAAAAUAGCCGUUAAAAAUAGCGGUAGCCGUUAUAGAGAAUGUAUGAAAACCGCUCAAAUUGGGCCUGAUCUCAGGUUAUUUGUGGGGUUGUCGUCUUUCACGUUUAGCAAGUUACUCUGAAUUAUUUUAAUUUCCAGAUCGAAUUGUCGACGAGCUCAAUCCAGAGGCUAAUUUCACCAAGCAAGAAAUGAUGAAAUUAAUUCAUGAAAAGGUAAAGUGAAUGUAAUGUAAAUGAACGUAAAUGAUUAAUCAUACUUUUCAGAAAGAAGCCUAUCUUCAUAUAAAAUCAAGUCUGUAAUUGUAUUUUGUUUCAUCCUUGGAGUGGAGAAUCUCUUUUUCGAUAGUAUUUUGAAAGAAAGCAAACGAAAGAAAAGAAGUACAAAGGAAUUUUUUUCAUGGAGCUCUCAUUUAUUAUGACCUGAGGGGUUGACAAAAUUGUGCCUGUGGAGGGGGUUGGGGGUAGGUUAUUUUGUCAGUCCACUGGGGUGCUCUCUAGGGUUUGAAUGACUAGGGUGGGGUGUAAACUUUUUACUCACUACAGAGGGUUGGUUUAGGAAGUAUUUUGCAGAUAUAUCAGCGGAUUUUCCGACCCUUCAUCCCCGGGUCACAAUCCCCUCUCUUUGGGGAAGCCCUCUUGAGUUUAUUUUAUUUGCUUUGUAGGAACCAGUCUCCCCCGCGUCUGACGUGUCAGCAGCCGCUGAACAGUUUAAUGAUCCAGUGCUGGUCAGAUUGUGUCGUCUGUGCAGCCAAUGGAUCUCAAAGGUUAGUGCUAUCUAGUUUGUAAAAAAGGCCUUUUUUUCGCAUUUUCAGGUGAGCACGAAGCGGACGUGGAGAGCGAUACACUCCCGUCGCGCGUGUCUCGCGGGUGUCUCACGCUCCCCGUCUGUUUUGCAGGCUAAGUUUUGUCAUGGCUAUUUUUUUUACCCGUGCAAUGUUUUUGGAAUGUUUUUUAAGAGAGCCAUGGUUAAAAUUGUAUGUAAAUGUGACCCACGAAGCACUAAGUCCAGGCUUCCACUAGAGGAGAUUUUUCCGCUUUAAUUUCGUCACGAUUCUGGAACGUUGCGGUACCAGAUUCGUUUUGCGGCGCACACGCAGAUGCGGGAAUCCGAAAUAUGAACGGUUUUGUUUGAUCGCGCGUCCAGAGAAAUUGAAUUCGGAAUCUAAAGUGAACAUUGGUGGAUCCAGGGGAUGGGCCCGAGGGCCGAAACCCCCGCCCCCUACUCCACCUCGGGAUCCGCCACUGGUGAAUCCUUUGGUUGUUUACCAUUUACUAAAAGUUUCCGGAAAAUCCGAAUGAAAAGGAAUUGGAACACUGUUUUUCGUGUCGCUCCAGCGGAGAAUAGCGGAUUAAAAGUGCUCGCCCUUUUCAGAUCAAGUUGGAAUUUGAAAGUGUUAGUCUGUAAGUUGAGAGGAAAACCGGAGAAUCCGGAGAAAAACCUAUCGGAGCAAGGGGACAACCAAAAACAACCUUCUCCCUCGGAUGGUGUCGAUGGCGAGAUUUGAACCCGGGCCAGAUUGGUUGAAUGCGACAGGCUCUCACCACUGCGCCACCCUUGAUCCUUUUUUGGUAAUUGUCGGAAAAUGAUCGGAAACUUUUGUACACCCUUUGGACAACAUGCGGAAUUUUUUUUUCGAAAAUCAUCGAAAAGUUGCUUGUAGUCGACAAGAAAAAAAGUCUAUAAAAUUACGCUUGACUGACGGUGAUCUGGUGAUUUCCUUUGAUGCCCAGGUGCCGUUUAAACACGACUCUUUGUUGGUGGAUAAAAAGGAAUUAAAGCUUACCAAGGCAGAGAAAAGAGAGGCGAAAAGAGGUAAAAGACCUAUUUUAAUCAGCUUUUAAUAGCGAAGCUUCACGCGUUCGCGAAGUGCGCGUGAGCAGAGCCCCACAACAAAGAAAAAUUGGUAUCUAUCCAUCCGAGAAAUUGUGGUAGUUAUGUGACCGUCCGCACCACAGGAUGUCUCACUUUCUGGCUAGAGUCGGAGCCUGCAACCUGAUACUGAACGUGCAUGUUUUGUUCAAUUGACAGCGGUCAAAAUAGGGUAUACGCUGACGAGUAUCACAUGACCGUAUCGUGGGUUCAGGUUACUAGUUUUCAACUGAUUGCAGGUUCAACUCGGCUCCAAGUGGAUUUCUUUGCAACUGUUACAUGCUUAAUGUUUGAAGUAAAUUAUAAACUUAUUAACGGGAGCUUCGCCUUUAGCCUUGGCUAAUUCUGUAUAUUAAAAGUUUAUAUGUAUACAUCAUUUAUGAAAAAAAUAGAAACAAAGGGCAAAUUCUCUCUAGGCGGCGCUGAUCAUACAAUGAGAUAGAAGAGAAAGAUAACCCGCAAAAAUAUUUUUGAUGCCAUUAAACUGUUAAGAACGUGUAUAACUUGCAACAAAUCAUUGGCUGUUCGUAUUCAGAGCCAAAGUGAGUGUAAGUCUUUUUAGUCCGUCAAAUAAAUACCUCAGUCUCUCUAAUAAAAGCCCUCUUUAGAGUUUUAGACUUUUAGAAUAAAUUCGAUAAUACUUUCCUACACAUUUAUUUCUAAGGUUAUGAAAUGGAGAAACGACUAUCCAUGCAGCAACAAGGGGCGCGUGCAUACUGUCCCGGUGUUAUACAACCGGUUUAUAACAGGUAAGACCAGUUGAUAAUCGGAAUGAAUAGUCCUUGCUUAUACAGAGUUUGUCACACAAACUGAUCUUAGAAGGACAGUAGGCUAUUUCCGAGUUGUGCCAAGCCUCUCUUUCAAAGCGAGGCUAAAUGUGAAACCAUUUAUAUGAAAAUGAUUGUUUCUUCUCAGGCGAAGAAAACUCAUUUUCACAAGAGAGGUUUUGCGCGUAGCCAUGGUCCGAAAAAGAGGGUUUUGCAACUCCGGAAAUUUCCUGUUCUUUUUAUUACGUAAACACGGCUGAACUUGUUAUCUUCACUCGUGUAGAUCACUUGUCUUUUGGGGAAAAAAAACAAACAAACAAAAAAUGUAUUGUCAGCAAAUCGACAACAGUCGAUUUUUAUAGUUUUGUCGUCCGUUUCUGUUGAAGUUUCUUGGAGAAUCGUGCGCGCGAGAAAGGGAAAAACAAAUGGCGCCACCAUGACGUCAUUUUCUUUGCCUGUACUCUUAUCGAGUAUAGCUCUCCACCAGUCAGCGCGCGAGAAAUCGCUCAGUUAUCUUGAAAGCGAAAGUCGGAAUUUCUUCGAUGAGGACUAUUGGCAGAGAUGAAAUCUAUGAACGUGGGAAAUUGUUUUUGGCUCUCAUUUGCUUGUUGUGUUUUACACUUACUUACGCCGCUGAAGCACUCUUAAAUUUACCCGUGUCUAUAUUUCUCCUUUCUUCGUCCGACAUUUUUCGUAGUUCCUUGGCCACAAAGCCUCGUUAAUAAUCGUCUUCCGGUUUGUUUCUGGGAUCGUGAUAUCCGUGUUAACUUGUCUUUGAUGCUAUUUCAUCAUGCUCGCGUGCUACUCACAUAAAGAAAGAGAAAAACAGCCGAGAAAAUGACAACCUCGUUCCCAGGGCCCUCUCUCGCUCCAGAGGACGAGCAGGAGAGGAGCCUGGGAACGAGGUUGGGAAAAUGAUUGAUAUGUUCUUGCAUUUUGUUUUAAACCGCUUUUCUAGACCCAAUCAUGUUUAUGUACCAAACCCAGUUAAUCCAGCUGGACCAAUUUCACAGCAAUGCAACAACUCAGCUUCCAUCUCAUCUCAUCAGCAAAACGCUCAUCCUUACCCCUCCCCUGUGGCACACCUCCCCAUCCCUCUUGCUUCUUUGGUCCGUGCUGGAGUUCCUGUUACACAGUUAGGGCAGACUUUGCCCUCGGCUCUUCUAAACACCCUGUCGACGUCUGCAAAUACGACGCCAACAACGAGCACUUCCGCUUCUAAAGACGACGUGGUAAUGAUUGACUUAGACGAACUGCCGUCGCCGACCAAACCAUUGCAGGAACCUAUCCUGACACAGGGUACCCAGCCGAAUAGCGACUUGAUGAGACUGGCGCGUAACGCCUUCCCGAAUGUUUCUCCAUCGUUCAUUGGUUUGUUGUUGAAUCAAGGGAAUGCGCGUGGGAACUCGCAAGAAAACGCGCGUGCAAACGCAGAAGGUACAAGUUCUAAAGAUGAAAACAAAACUGCUGAAGCAACUGAUGCGACGGUUGCUAGUGGCAACAAGACGUCAGAGACUGGGAAUACCGCUGACAAUGUUCAAACGUUGAGAGGGCUACUUGCUCCAGACCCAGCGGGGAAACAAGUCAAUGACGAGUCAGCCUCACCGACCUCUCCCACAGUCCAAGGCGGAUCUAUAGUCUCCUCUCCUAAAGUUGAAGGAGACGCUUCUCCGCAAAGGCAAGUCACGGAUGAGAAGCCGUCACCCACCCCUCCUGUUGUAAAUGACGGAACCGAUGAUCUGGCAUCCCCAGAGGGGGUCAGUACAGACAUUGAAAGACCUGAGGCACGUAACACGCUGCUAUCUGAAGGGGGUCAUAGUGGAGAGCCAGAAAUGCUCAAGUCAUCGUCUCCCACCCCUCCCGUUGAAAAAAAAGAGAACACUAUCUAGAGGGUCUGUUAAAAAACCAACUAUAAUCCAAAAGAAGUUAGAGACUGAACUAUUGUAUUUUAUUUCUUUCUUGGUUCAAAUAAUCGCGAUCUACGUUUCUGGGGGAUUAUUUUUACCGAUAGUUUUUUUCCGAUACUCUUCAUCGAUAUGGAUUCCGGGCGCGGGACUAUCUCGAUCUUGUGUUAGUAAACACAAGUUAAUUGACUCUGUC